AUUUUUGUUAAAAAAACGGUUUUAUACACCAUUUUCCCUCUAAAAACAACAGUUCCCCGGGCAAAGAUGAACAAUGUCCUGGCAAAAUUUUGCUCGUCGGCCCCUCGCGUGCAAUGAUCACCAUCCCGGCAAAGUUCUACUGCACCAGGAAAUUUAAGAAGGUCACACAUUGCCUUUUCGACUUGGACGGGACGGUACUUGAUUCAGAAAUUGUUUAUCAAAAGGCAAUCAGGACGAUCUGCGAGAAAUAUGGAAAAACAUACACCAAGGAUCUGGAAAUUCAGUGCUACGGCGCCACGGACCGUGACCUGUCAGAGACAGUCGUGCUGCGGGUGCCCCUGCCGAUUUCCGUGGACGAUUUCGAACACCAACUCACAGAACUCGUCGGCAAGGCCGUCGCCAGCGCACCAUUACAGCCUGGCGCCGAGCGUCUUCUGACGCACCUGUAUGACUCUAAGGUCCCGAUAGCACUGGCGACCAACAGUACGGAGCGCGCCGUCAGGAUCGCCACACAAGCGCGACCCAAACUCUUCGCGCUCUUCAACCACAAGGUGUGCGCUACGGACCCUGAAGUGGACCGAGGGAAACCGCACCCGGACAUCUACCUCGUCGCUGCCAGCCGAUUUCCGACCAAACCUAAACCGGCACAGUGUAUCGUGUUCGAAGAUUCUGAAAUCGGAGUUAAAGCGGCGGUCGCAGCCGGCAUGCAGGUGGUGAUGAUACCAGACCGACGUUUAGACCGUCAGAAGACGCGCCAAGCCACGAUAGUCCUAAGAUCUCUACGCGAAUUCAAACCGGAGGAGUUCGGCCUCCCGCCCUUUCCCGAAACACCGGCCAGAGGCAAACCCACUUCAGCUCGCGUCGAACAAGACUAUAAAGCGGAAAACACUGAAACUAAGAAAAAUGAACCCAUUCAGCCGACUGCUUUCCUUGUUGAAAACAUAUCCAAAGCGUCGAAAAUGUCAAAAAUAAGAGCGCAAAUGUCAAUUUUGAUGAACAAGAAAAUGCUAGUGGGCAGUCCGGUAGCAUCCAGAUAG